GAUAAUCCGGGAAAAAACUCUGGGAAGGGUGUCUGUACUUGGUGGGAAAGGCCAGCAGUGGGUGGGGAGGAAAAGCAGAGGAACGUACGUGGUGGGAGCACCGCAAAUGUUGGCCGAGAUCCAUCAAAGCAGAGGAUUGGAAACUGACGCAGCCCAAUUUCCCUAUGUUUAGGAUGCAACGGCCGAAGAUCCAUCCCUCUCUCAUCUGCUUUUGUCUUCCACACUUGAAUUACUUCCUCUUUUCUCUUGUUUAGAACUCGAAAUUGGUGUUGGAAUUUUUAUUGAAUCGAUCGAGGUCAAUUAGGUGUAUACUUGGAAUUAAACGUUUGGGAUUUCUGUUGAGCCUUUUCGAUCUCCCGAGUUCGAGAACGAACAGUUAUUUGGUCAGGUGCAUACCUGCGUUAUCGCCUGCGUCCUAUUUUAUUGUACUAAGUGACAAUGGGGGGUGUAAUAGGAAAGGGUGGUUCACCUAGAAAGGUUUGGAUACCAGAAACAAAGCUCGAGGCCAAAAUGGUUGAAGCUAUGCAGCGGAGAGCAUCUGAAGGAAGUGCCAUGAAAUCCUUCAAUAGUGUAAUUUUAAAAUUCCCCAAAAUUGAUGAGAGUUUCAGAAAGUGCAAAGCUAUUUUUGAGCAAUUUGACAAGGAUUCAAAUGGUGCAAUAGAUCAAGAAGAGCUGAAGCAUUGUUUCCGUGAACUGGAAAUUGCUUUUGAGGAGGAGGAAAUCAAUGAUCUCUUUAAGGCAUGUGAUAUCAAUGAGAAUAUGGGAAUGAAAUUCAAUGAGUUCAUUGUACUUCUUUGUCUUGUCUAUCUUCUUAAGGAGGAUCCCACUGCCAUUCAUGCUAAAUCAAGGAUGGGAAUGCCAGAUCUGGAGGCCACUUUCGAAACAUUGGUUAAUGCAUUUGUUUUCUUGGACAAGAAUAAAGAUGGUUAUGUUAGCAAGAAUGAGAUGGUCCAAGCAAUAAAUGAAACAAAUGCAGGGGAACGUUCAUCUGGACGAAUUGCCAUGAAAAGAUUUGAAGAGAUGGACUGGGAUAACAAUGGAAUGGUGAACUUCAAGGAGUUUCUUUUUGCUUUCACUCGUUGGGUUGGUAUCGAGGAUAUUGAGGAUGAGGAAGAAGGAGACGAGAAAGUUUAAGUGUACUGCUUCGAAUAAUCUCAAGUACAUAAUGCAGUGCUAAUAAGGGAAAGAGGCCUGUUUUGUCCUUUUAAGUUGUUUUAACUGUUCAUUUUACAAAAUAUAUGCACCCAGAACAACAGGAAUGGUGCAGAAGGCCUCAAUUGUUAGGGCUACACAACCUCAAGGAGUCUCGGGACAAGCAUUUACAUGCAAACACUCGCUGGGGUUAUGUUCUUUGGGAACCUGGUGUCACCAUCAGUAGGCAAGACAGAAACUCUGAUUAAAAUAAUUUGUCUAUUCAUCUACUUAUUUACUUGUUUUGGUCAGUGGAGGGCAAAACUUAAGAAAUGGGAUGAUUCAAAUCAAGAGAACUCAUAGAAGCACUUUUUUGCCGAGUUAAUUGUACUAAGAUGAAAUACUACUUGUCGGUCUUUGUUUAUUCUUUAUUAUUUCAUUUAACAUGCAGUAUGGAAGGAAUAGACGUUUUCACGGUAAAA